GGAAGUCUUUUCUGAAUCAAAUCUAACAAACGAAAAUCUAAAUUACUCUAURUAGAUCAUGAUUUGAUCCCUAUUAUCAAAUGGAUCGUAAUUUCGACGUCCUUGGUCAGUAUCGUUCAGUUACUGCUAAACUAAAACGUAGAUUCUUAAAGAAACCCAAUGUUUCUGAAGCAAGUGGACAGUUUGGGACUUUAUCCAAGGAACUCAAACGAGAAGACUGCCCUCAAUAUGCUGGCUUCUGCUGUCUUGCCAAAGCAAGAUGUGAAAACACGCUUUCAAAUUCAGUUGGUGAGGUAGAAGCCCUUACAGAAGCGGCUAGAUUGUUUCUACAAGCAGAGCAGGAAAACUUAGAACUUGGAUGUCCUGCAUUUGAGGAACAUUUGACUGAGGCAAUCCAUGUUUAUAACCAAGCUAUCAAAGUACAUUGUUCUCAGGGAAAUUCAGCUCUUGGGGCUUGUUUGUGUCUCGAGUUGGCAGAUAUGUUGAGGCGUAUGAACAGACCUACUGAGGCGAUGGUGCAGUAUCAUCAUGCAGCUGAGCUACAGCAUCAGACACCUCUGGAUGCUUUGUACUCCAUGGGACAUGCUGCAUCUUGYAAGAUUGAUUYAGGUGACUUUGAUGGUGCACUGUCCAUUUUUACUGAAAUGGCUUACUAUGCUACAGAGAGAGGAUCCUUUGAAGGUGAUGCUGGUCAUUCAAUAUACAGUUCAUACAAGGACAUAAUCACUAAGUGUGAAAUCAACAGAGUGCUUCUACUAAUGCUUCUUCAACCGAGCCCUCAAAAGAUACRGCCAGAGCAUGCUCAGACUUUAGAAAAAUACCUUUGGGAUAAUGAAACAGAAGGCAGUCCAGUUCCCUGGAUCAGCGAGGAAUUGUUCAUUUUGAUGCAGUCUUUAGUGAUGAGCUGCCAGGCAAGAGAUUUCCAGGAAUUGGCAGAUCUGGAAAAAGACUUGUGGAAGUUCCUGGACAAUGAACAGAAACACUUGCUUCACUUAGUGGUGUCUUCCAUAUCAAAAUCUGCUGACUAGCCAACUUGCAGGAAAAGAGAGUGUGGUACUUACAGACAUUAAUCCUCUGUUGGAGUACUGUAUAGAGGGAAGCAGAAAAAAAGGCUGGAUCUAUAUUCCCUGUGCAUGCAGUCAAUAUAURCACUUUCAAUUGAAGUUUACUGUGAAUCCCCUCAGCCCUUCUCCCAAUAACACAUUGAAURGAAUAAAUGUUUUGGAACAUACCAUUUAAUUUGUGCAUCUUGCAUCUCUGCUCAAUCAUCAAAUCCCUUCUCAUCCCAUUUCCUCCCAUCCCUUUUGGCAUGUGUUUGCAAAGCAUUAGUUAGAAGACUUUAGCAAAGUUGGAUAUAAAAGUGACCAAUAUAAUUGUAUUUCAUGAUAUCCAUGAUAUAUGUGACCUAAUAAAAUCCUGAAUUAGAACAAUGUCUUUCAUAAUCUUGACCAACAUAACAAAAAUAAAAAGAAACAUAUCAGGGUUUUAUUUUAAAAAAAAUUCAGAGCAGGAAAGGCUGCAAAUGGAUGGUUAAAAAAAUCAAGAAGACUAUUGUUGGUGGAUUUGUUUGCCUAUGGCUGCUAAAAUACUGUAGUUUGUGACUGGGRUCUGAGACUUUAAUAAAGCAGAACAAUAUUGGCCCAAAAAUGGGGAAACCCUA